AUGCCUCACCAUUGCACCGUCUGCAAAGACACCGUGAAGCUACACUGCGUGCGCCGCGGGCACGUGACCGAAUGCACCGAGCUCUCCUGCAAGCUCCCCUACCAGAGCUCCCGCGAGAAGGACUGCCCUUACUGCCGGAAUGCGCUGCAGAAGCGGGCGGCCCGCGAGGGGAGUAUCCCCAAGGACACAGAUGAGAGCGACGAUGCAAUGCUCGCGUCUGCUGGCGGGAACGGCGAUAGCGACAAGGAGAACGACUCUCCUGACGGAGUGCGAGCCCAAAGGCAGAGGCAGCAGAGGCAGCAGAGACAGCCGCAGCCGAAGAAGCAGAAGAAGAAGAAGGGCAAGCAUGUGCGCGAGACCCGCAAGUUGAAGGAUAUUCGGCGCAGUAGGCCGGGCAAGUUGAAGUAG